GUGAAAAUUUGAAGUGAAUCCGACAAAUUCUUUUCGAGUUAUUUAACAAUGACCAAAGGACGCUCGGGUGCUACGUGGCAUUCGAGAGCAGGUAGCUAGAAACAGCUGCAAGCAACCGACCUUUCGGGUUUCAUUGUCAUGAAUAUCUCCCCAUUUUAAUUACAAGAACUGAAAAAUAAUUUUUGGUUGCCAGUAUACCUGUAGUCGUUGCACUGAUCAGUCGAUAGUUUUGUGAUAAAUUAUUUCUCAAGUGAAUUAAAUUAUUAACCAUGGGACGUGAUUCUAGAAAGGUUUCAAGAGAACUUCGGAGUUCUGAAAAAAUUAAUAAGUCGCGUUCAGUCAAAAGAAAGAAUGUUUUUAAUCCGAAAACAGCCGAACGUGAUGAAAGUAUUCAGAGUACAUCUUCUAAAAAAUUAAAACAAAACACUGAAGAUGAUGUACCUGAAGACAGCAGUACUGAAUUUCGAAUAAUAAAUUUUAUUCAGGUAUUCACUGCAAUUUCUGCUCUUAUAAAAUGUAAAAAAUGUGAUGGAAAUGUAGUGUUUCAAACAGCAAGUACACGUGGGCUGGGAUUCAAAAUUGUAGUUGCAUGUAAUAACUGUGGAAAUGAAUAUAUUCCUUCCUGUUGAAAAUAUGAAAUCUGCUAUAAUGGCAACCUUUUAUCACUACGGCUCGAGUGAUGAAAAACCGAAUCAUGAUAUGUGUCCAAAAGGCGAAGAAUCUUGGUGCUCUUACCAGCGCGCUGAAGCAAGAGGAGAGCUUGAUACCUUUUCUCACGAUUAUUCUCCUUUACCUUCUGAUGUUUUAAAAGCUAUCAAGCCUAUAUACGAAGAUCUUAGUAAUGAAAAUUUACUUUCAAGAUGUGUAGGUGGAUUCAAUCAGAAUAAUAAUGAAAGCUUUAACCAACUAGUAUGGAAAAUAUGCCCAAAAACGGUAAAUACUAGUUUUACUAUCGUACAAAUAGCUGCAUACGUUGCUAUGUGUAUAUUUAAUGAGGGUAUAAAUUCAUUAUUAGUCUUGAUGAAUACACUAGGACUUAAUUGUGGGCCUAAUUCUCAUCGGUAUGCAGAAAGAAUGGAUGCUGCACGUAUCAAAGUAGCAGAUAAGCGCGCUAAUGAUAACACCCGAGAAGGUCGAUUGCAACGUAGGCACCAGCAAAUCGAUAUUUUGGAAGCUGCUAUGUCGGCUGAAGAGCUAUUAUAUGGUCCAGGAAUAGAUGACUCAGUAUGAAUCUCCAAGGACUUAUGAUGAUCACCGCAAAGGACUUCGGGAGGAACGGGCUCUACAAAAACAGCGAUAACUUUUUGAAUUAUUAAUUUUUUUUUUUGAAAUUUUCGUGAAGUCAAAUCGAAACGUGUUCUAAUAAAGCUAUGUUUUUAUUUUUGUCAAAUAAAGUAAUUAACUACAAAAAAAAAAUUAUUGAAAAUCAUCAUUUUUUCAUACCCCUGAGU